UAUUCCAACUCCUACCGUCUGGUGGGCAGUCUGCUUGUCGGAAGCAUCUUCAUGGUUGGGUUGAUGGGAAACAUUAUGGUGGUCAUCGUAGUGUCCAGGUGGAAGUCCAUGCACACGCCCACGAAUUGUUACCUGGUGUCGCUAGCGGUGGCCGAUCUGUUGCUGCUCAUCUUCGCCUGCCCGCCGACCAUCGUUGACUUUUUCAACAUCGUCGAUGAUUACGUCUUUGGAAGGGUUGCCUGCAAGAGCAUGGUCUUCGCGCAGUACCUGGCGAUCAACUUGGGCUCCCUCUCCAUCACGGCGUUCACUGUCGAAAGGUUUGCCGCUAUCUGCCACCCCAUUCUUACUCAUAGAUUCUGCACAGUGGAGCGAGCUCUGCGCAUACUGGCCUGUUUGUGGUUGUUUGGAUUGGCCUACUGCUCCCCCUGGCUCUUCCUGGCCGACACCAAGCAGAGCACCUACGACGAUGGGACCAUGACGGAGGAGUGCACGUUCAAGAUAGCCAGGAACCACUACUUCAUCUACUUCAUGGCAGACCUCAUCGUCUUCUACCUUCUGCCGCUGAUCACCAGCGUGCUUCUCUACGUCCUCAUCGCAAGAAGAUUGUACCGAGGCGCUGGCAUGCGAGCUUCUGACAGGUCGGACAACAAAAACGACAACAACACUUCGUCGCACAAUUCAAACAACACAAUUGCUCAUAAACAAACCACAUUUGCCAACAGGAAUAGAGUGAUCAAGAUGUUGGCCAUUGUCGUUUUGAUGUUUGCUGUUCUGUGGUUGCCCUACAGGGCUUAUGUCGUGUACAAUUCGCUUGCCACGCCCCUCUACUGCAGGUGGACAUUGUUAACUGUGAGAAUCAUGGUGUACGCCAACAGCUCCAUCAACCCAAUACUGUACAGCGCCAUGUCGUCGAAGUUCAGGAGAGCGUUCAUCUGCCUGCUGUCCUUCAGGAGCAAACGCUUCCACCAACAGCAACAGCUACUGCAGCAACGACAGCAGCUGCAGAGUUUGCAGGCGUAUGAAAGGCAAAUGCACAACAAAAGAUUAUCCGCAUGUUUGAAUCCUUUGUAA